AUGCACGUUAUAAGCACAGGCAGUGUGCGCGAAUCAUUCAAAGCGCUCGAGGCUUUUCACCGUACUCUCCCGGAAUUUUAUGACAGUUUGGCUCAAGCGUUUCGUAUGACUGUGACGCGAUUUAGCUUCAACGACCUUGUAAGCAAGCUUAUUGCUGAAGAGGUACGCAAGAAGGAUUCAUCAAACAUGGAGGAAGCGACAGCACUCCACGCGAGUAAACGCCAAGAGCAAGGGAAGUUUGAGAAGAAGAGUAGUCAGGGCAAAAAAAAGUAA